CGUUCAUAUACGCGCCUCGCGCCUCACUUCGGUUUCGAAACGCACCCUUUCCCGAUAAGCCAUUGGCCAAUGUUGAGCGGUCCGUAAAAUUGUUCGGCUCAAGACGAAUAAGUAGAAUGCAUGUGCCGAACGACCCUGGAGCGUUCGGUUCUCAGCAACUCUCCGAGCAACCCAGCCUGUUACCCGUACCAAGGAGUUGGCGAGCACAAAAUUUAGGCGCAACCGAUGGUAUUCGUGCGGAUAAAGCUGAUUUCGAUCGAAAUAGCUUAAUAUUGGAUGACACCACGCGUACUUUGCUGAAUGCGGCCCUUGAUCUCAUAAACUUCAGGCUAGAGUUUCCGUCUGAAGCUAGUAGUGUCCACGAGUUUGAAGGGUCUCAGGGAUUUACUUCGGUCAUCAGUUCAGAUUCCGCCUGGCCCUACAGAUUAAGCAAUUUGCAUCCUGUCAAAUGUAUGUUUGACGCUGUUGAUACUAGAUCCAAAAGUGACUUACGUGCUUCCGGAAACCCUGGCAAGGCCGUAUCCGCAGUUGUUCGUGACCAAAGGCCUUUCUUCAACCAAGUUGCACAGUCUAAAGCCGAAGAAAGCGAACUCGAUAGUUUGGAUAACGAUCAAUUAGGUCGUAUGCAAACAGAUUUGGUCACUUCCUCUUGUCGCUCUGUCCCACGUCUCGAUAUUUCAAAGGUUGACAGCAUAAGUGUAAAGCAAAACUGGAAAAACCAUAAAGAUAAGAAUGCAGACAGUCGAGGCGGGGGUCUGCGCAAAACGUUCCAUUUAAUGGAUGGAGUAGGCAAACGUGAUGACGCACUUGAAUCCUAUGCUGCUGUAGCCGAGCGAAAUCUUGAUUUAGAACUUGGGGUGCGGGACAGGUUGGAUCUUUCACAAAAAGAGUUUGCAGCACCGGAAAUUCACAAGCUGAAGAACAAAGCUUUAGUACCUAAAAUCGUACUCAGUGCGAUGCAAAAAGAAUCGUCAGACAAAUGCCGUCAGUUGUUUUCGAAAGAAAACUCAGGUACGAAAUCUGAAGGCAAUCGAAUUUCUGGCAAGCAUACAAACAGUCUUCCACACAAACUCUCUGAGCAACAGCCAGAAGGCUCACCGUUCUUGGUGUGGAACACAGUUUGGUCGCAUUUUCAUGAAACUUUGACAUCAUGUAGAUGA